UGCUGCAUCUGUUUCCAACCGCGGUCCACAGAGCACCGUGCCCACCCGGGACCGAGCGGGCGCCCCCACAGAACGCCCGUCGCCUUCGCUCGCGCCUCCCGCGACACUCGCGACCCCCUCGCCGUUAGUACCCAUCAAUGCCCUCUUCCCUCGUCCUCAGCCAGUUCGUCUCGUCUCCCUCCCUCCCCUGCUCCUCCUCUGCUCCGAUCAGCGACACCAGCUGAGCUUACCCGCGCACAUCGAUAUAUCCGGCACGCAUUGCCCGCCCGGCCCGGGAGAGAUCAUGAAGCCUCUGUCCCUGCGGGGCAGCGGCAGCUUCAAGAAGCUGCUCCUCUCCGUCGGCCACCGAUCAGCCGCCAAGCCGGCCGCCCCCGACGCCGACGCCAAAGAAGCCACGCCGGAGCCGGAGUCUCCCCAGAAGCCCGCGUGGCGGUGCUUCUCCUACGACGAGGUCCACCGCGCCACCAACUCCUUCCACAAAGGUAACCUGGUGGGGCGGGGCGGGUCGUCGGAGGUGUACCGCGGCGACCUCCCCGACGGGCACGCCGUGGCGGUGAAGCGGCUGAUGGGCGCGUCGGCGUGCGAGCGGCGGGAGAGGGACUUCUUGGCGGAGCUGGGCACGGUGGGACACGCGCGGCACCCCAACGUGUGCGGCCUCCUCGGCUGCUGCGUCGACCGCGACCUCUACCUCGUCUUCGAGUUCUCCCACCGCGGCUCCGUCUCCGCCAACCUCCACGACGAGGCGUCGCCGGCGAUGGGGUGGGCGGCGCGGCACGGCAUUGCGGUGGGCACGGCGAGGGGGCUGGAGUACCUGCACAAGGGGUGCCAGAGGCGGAUCAUACACAGGGACAUCAAUGCCUCCAACGUGCUGCUCACCGAGGACUUCCAGCCACAGAUUUCUGAUUUUGGGCUCGCCAAGUGGCUGCCGUCGGAGUGGACGCACCGGGCGAUCGCGCCGAUCGAAGGCACGUUCGGGUGUCUGGCGCCGGAGUACUACACGCACGGGAUCGUCGACGAGAAGACGGAUGUGUUCGCGUUCGGCGUCCUCCUGCUGGAGCUCAUGACCGGCCGGAAGCCGGUGGACGGCAGCCACCGGAGCCUCCUCGGUUGGGCCCGGCCGCUCCUGAACGACGGCAAGAUCGAAGCCCUGGUGGAUCCACGAAUUGGCAACGAGUACGACGGCGAGCAGGCGAGGCGGGUCGCGUUCGUGGCGUCGCUGUGCAUUCGCGCGUCGGCGACGUGGAGGCCAUCCAUGACCGAGGUGCUGGCGCUGUUGGAAGGCGCCGAGAUCUGGCAAGAUCGGUGGGCGAUGCCCGAGGCGGCGGCCGACGACGAGGAGCCGUGGGGGUUGGACGAUCUCGACGACGAGGACGACGACGAAGAUGAGGAGUUCAACACCCCAUCUCCCUCUUCCUGUUCAUCAGCAACCACGAGCAAUUAGCAUAUUCGGAACGUCAGAGUUCAGAUGCCUGUGAUGUGAUUUUUUGCUAGUUGCUCCACAGGCAGGGCUCACUUGUAAAUACAAGGUUAUCUUCAAUCAGUGUACGAAAAGCAAGUAACACCACACGAGUCGACCAUUGAUCAUGUCAUGAACAUACAUCAAAGAAUGUACUUGCCGCGCGUAAUACGGGCGCAUGUGUGAACACAAUAAAUAUAUCAAUACAGGGGCGAAAUAGCGGGAA